AUGAAUUUCAGCGAUGAGGAUGACAACAACCCGUUUAGUGAGUCGCACUAUUUUUACUCCUCCGGGAUUGAAGCGGAGUUCGAAGGCUAUAGUGAUGGCAGAGACGGGGACCUGUACUCGCGGCACACAUCCUCUAGUGGCCAAGCGCCAUGUUUGGACUCUGAGGACGAGCCUGACUGGGUGGCUGCGUCACAUCCAGAUAGGUCAGAAUCGGAUGAUGAGUCGAUUGUGAACGGAACAGCAUUUUUGGGUGAACAUACGAUGCAUACACCUGCAGGAAUAGCAGGAAAGGAUGGUUUGCGGGUUGAGAUUGUGGGGGCAGAGGCUUCUAGAGACUAUAAAGCAAGUCUGACGAUAUUCUACAACAUUCAGAUUGAUGGUGAUUUCACUAAAAUUGUCAAAAGACGAUAUUCAGACUUCUGCUCGUUUCGAUUCUGUCUUCUUCGGCUAUUCCCUACCAAGGUCAUUCCACCGAUUCCUGAAAAACACUCCCUUGGAAAAUUGAUAAAGCACCCAUUGAGCUAUAAAACGGACUCCAAAGUGAUCAGCUCGCGGAUAAGGCUGUUACACAAUUUUCUGGAUACCCUGUUGCGUGAUGAGCAGAUGGGUGACUCCUCUGCGCUGAAGAAGUUUCUCGAUCCUGAAGAGAAGAAUUGGACUCAAACUCUCAAAUCACCACCCUUCACGUUGGUGCCGAAUCAUCCGUUACUUUUCUCACCCCAGACACCAACACAGCCCAAUCCGUACCAUUCCUAUUUGCCAAUACCACCAAUCUCGUCUCUAAAGGGAUUUGAUUCAAGACUGAACUCGUCUGUGUUCCGACCAAUGGAACUUCGAUUUCAGGACCUGGCAAGGUGUUUGCUGGGCUUAGAGAAAUGUGCGAAAAGAAUUGAAAACGAUAUGACUAGCUAUUGCAAAAAGAUGACUGAUCUGGGUGGUCAUUACAACGUUGUCUCUCUUCUAGAGCCAAAUGUUCACCCAAACCCGCUGGAGGUGUUUGGACAGGGAAUUGACUCCAAUUUCAUCAAUCUCGAGAUUUUGAUCAAAAAUUUCAGAGUGAACUUCAAGGAACCCAUUAAGGAGCUCAGAGCAACGUGUACAAUCGUUCUUCAUCUGCUUGGUUUCCGCAAAUGGAAGGAUCUGCAGUUAAACUACCUCCGCACCGUCAUCGUCAAGAAGCAAUUUCGAACAAAGAAGCUACUAGAAAUGGAGACUUUAGAUAUACGGUUAGAUCUUGCUCUAUCACAGCGUGUGUUGGACUCUCCUACAAUCACGGAGGCAUUACGCAGAUUCGAAGAACAUCGAGUCACACCGGGUGAAACUCCAAGAUCGGAACCGGGUUCUCGCGAUUCAAACUGGAAAAGCCUUUUUAGCGGUUCGAAACGAGAAAUCAACUCUCUUACCUCUCAAGAGAGACAGCGUGAAAUCAAUGGCAACAGGCUAGACCUGGCCAAGCUCACCAAGUGUUUCGAACUGCUCAACGAUGACGUAAGGUACAUAUCCAUCGAGGUGGAAAAGAACGUACUUUUGGAAGAACGACGCAUCAAAAAGAAGAUCUUCUACAUGCUCGCUGACUUUCAGAAAAUGCUUCUAAUUUACAGCUCGGAGAAUAUGAAUGUGUGGAAAGAUAAAGCUGCAAUCGGUCACGUGGUUUAA